GAAGUAUAGAAGGUGCACAUCACUGAACCAAGAUGGCGGCUCUGAGGGAAGCGGUGUUAUCACACCGGCUUGCUUUUAUGUCAUUAUCGCAGAAUUACAAACGUAUCAUUCCUAACGUGGCUGCUGCGUCAAGGAAAAACUACUUGUCCACUGCAGAACAGGAAGAAAAUUAUGAUAUUAUCAUCACUGGAGGUGGCAUGGUCGGCACGACGUUGGCGUGUGCUAUAGCAAACAAUCGAAGAUUGGAAGGCAAGAGAGUUUUGCUUCUGGAAGGUAGCCCUAAAGAAGAGUACACGCCGCAGGAGAAAUAUUCCAAUCGAGUUGUUGCCUUGAAUCAGCAAACUCGUACCUUGUUGUCCAGCUUCGGAGCAUGGAAGCACAUAGAGGCAGUCCGCUGUUGCCCAGUACGGAAAAUGCAGGUGUGGGACGCAUGUUCCGAAGCGAUGAUAACUUUCAACGAGAACCACUUGUCCGACGAGCUGGCGUACAUCGUCGAGAACGAUCUACUGCUGCACGCCAUUAAUAAGCAGCUUUCCGAGAAGGAGAACGUGACUGUGAUCUACGAGUCGAAAGUUGCCGACGUGAAACUACCGGGGACGUCGGAGGGAUAUGCCACGGUGCAGUUGCAUUCCGGGAAGCGAUUCAGAUCCAGAUUACUGGUGGGCGCCGAUGGAGUCAAUUCGCUGGUGCGAAAGGCGAUGGGUGUGCAAUACUUGAACUGGCAGUAUGAUCAACUGGGUAUCGUCGCGACCCUGAAACUAUCCGAGCCUACGGAGAACAUCGUCGCUUGGCAGAGGUUCCUUCCAACUGGGCCCAUCGCGUUGCUUCCGUUGACAGAUUCUCUAAGUUCGCUGGUGUGGUCCGUAACGAGCGAGAAAGCAAAAGAGCUGCUGAAAGUGUCGGAGGAGGAGUUCGUUGACAGGAUAAAUGAGGCGCUGUGGCGGGUCUACCCGAAGAACGGUGUCGUCGAGAGUGGGAUGCACGCGCUCCGCCAGCUACUUGAAGGACUCUCUUUACAAACCGGCGUGUCCAGGCAGCUGCAGCCUUCCGUAGCGGCGAUCGUCGAAGGAUCCCGCGCGGCGUUUCCUCUAGGUUUCGGCCACGCCGUAUCGUACACCCAACCGGGCACGGUGCUGGUCGGGGACGCGGCGCACCGGGUCCAUCCCUUGGCUGGCCAGGGUGUGAAUCUCGGUUUCGGCGAUGUGACGGCGCUGACGCAGCUCCUCGCCGAGGCCGUCGUGAACGGCAGCCAACUCAACAGCACGAUACACUUGCGGAGAUACGAGACGCUCAGGCAACGACACAACGUACCGACGAUGCUCGUCAUCGACGCGCUCCAUCGGCUGUACAAGACCACCGCGGCUCCCGUCGUCUUAGCCAGAAGCCUAGGCAUGCAGCUGACGAACGCUAUCCCGCAAGUCAAGAAAUUGUUGAUGGAACAAGCAGCAGGAGAGACAGUCUGUAAAUGAUAACUUGGGCAGGCAAGAAUAUAAAUUAAAUACUUUAGAAUAAAGAUACAUUAAUUUUGUAAUUUAUUUUUUUUUUUACUGAAUAUGUAUUAUACAUUGUUAUCGUAAAUUGUAGUAUUAUCACAAAUUGUGUUAUUAACAUUUAAUAAAUAAUAUAUAAUAUGUAUAAAAUAUAUAUAAGAAUAAAAAUAUAUAUAAUAUAU